CUUGCCCCGGCCCCAACUCUCCUACUAUAUAUAUGCGGGCAUGCAUCUUCAUGGCUCUAUCUUGCCCGAAGAUUCAGAUCACAAGCCGGCAGAUUUAGCUAGCCUCCUCCUCCUCCUCCUCCUAUCAACGUACUGCACUUUGCCCGGCCAUGUCAGAGACACGACGCGAGGAGCCAUGCUCUAGCAUACCACCUCGCCCUCCACCUUCACCUCCCUAUGAACCUCGACCACGCUCAUGCUCUAGCAUACCACCUCGCUCUCCACCUUCACCUCCCUAUGAACCUCGACCACGCUCAUGCUCUAGCAUACCAACUCGCUCUCCACCUUCACCUCCCUAUGAAUCUCCACUUGUUGUUUCUCGACUUAGUUUCGCUUAUCCACACAACGCGCCAGUCAGCAGGAGCAGUGCCACCACCAUCGAGAGGUUCCCUGAAAGACUGCAGGAAGCCUUUUCGCCCUUCUUCACCGACCCGAUCGCCGUGUCCGUAGGCCCCUACCACCAUGACAAGCUCCGCCUCGAGGAGAUGGAGGCGGCCAAGAGCGCCGCCCUGGAGGAGUUUUGCCGGGUGACGAGCCAGCCCCUUGAGGCGGUCCGAGCAAAGAUCGUCUCUUUGGCAGGAGACGCCCGCAGGUGCUACGCUGAUGACUACACGCUCCGGGACAUGGACGACGGUUGGUUCGCCGACAUGAUGCUUUCUGACGGCUGCUUCCUGCUGCAGUUCAUGGCCUCCAUGUGCCCCGACGACCCCAACGCGCCGCCGGAGGCGGACCCGCUCAUGUCCAGGGCCGAGGUGCACACCCGUGUCGACGCCAUCGCGCGGGACGUCCUGCUGCUCGAGAACCAGGUCCCUUGGCUCGUGCUCGAGGCCCUCAUGGAGUUCAGGCCUCAAGUGCCAGUGGACAAGUUCCUCGCUCUGAUGGCGACCGCCUUCGACGUCGGCAACAACCCAAUUCAGCAGGCUCUGGCCGGACAGCCAGAGCAUGACCAGCCACCGCCGCAUCUGCUCGGACUCUUCCACCGUCGUCAGGUGGGUGCGGCGCGCACCCAGAGCCUCCGCGUCCCGGCCCUCUCUUCCGUGUCCAGCACCGCGGUGGAGCUCGCCGAGAUGGGCGUCAAGCUGAUCGUCACCAAGACCAAAAAAUUCGGGGACAUGACCAUGUCCAAGCGCCGUCACCGCUUCGGCCUCUUCGGCGAGCUCUCCCUGGCGCCGGUGGUCCUGAACGAUCUGACCGAGUGCUGGCUCCUCAACAUGGCGGCGCACGAGGCAUGCCUGGGUGCGACGCGCGCCGACAACUUCGCCGUCAGCUCCUACGUCUCCGUCGUGGCACUCCUCGUGAACAGGCCCGAGGACGUGCAGGAGCUGCGCGGCAAGGGCAUCAUCGUUAGCGCGUCCAGCGACAAGCAGACGCUGGAAUUCUUCAAGGAUCUCGCCACGGAGCUGCGCGUCGGCCACCGCUACUACGACGUCUUCGAGCGCCUCGAGGAGUACAAGCGGGAGAGGUGGGUGUGGAUCGCCGUGCACAGGUUCCUGUACAAGAACAUCAAGACCAUCAUCGCCGUGCUCUCCGUCGUCGGUGCGCUCGCGGGGCUCUUCAAGACCAUCCUCUCUCUCAAGCAGCCCCAGCGGCAAUCGAGCGAGCCAUGGCCAUUCGUUGCACUAUUCGUUAAUUGUGCAAGCCCUGCCAAUCUGCUAUCUUGUCAAUUUAAUCGUCGGCUCUUGUACCGCGUUUAAGUCUCAUAAACAGAUCGACGGUAAUUCCGAUCUGGUUCUUGUGCGGUUAAAACAAGAACAGAAUAAUUCGAAAUUGUUAUUGUUCCGGUCAACCCUAGUACGCUGCACAUUGGUAAUUGGUUAUGUUUGAG